AGAAACCACAGAGUCAGUGAGUGGCAGUCAGAAAGUGUCUGUUUUUUGUUUUCUGAGUGUAGCUCUUUCUGUUGUCAACAGGAAUAAAAGUCAAUAUGCCUAAAAGGAAUAAAGGUAAAUCUAAGAAGCCCACAUCGAGUUUCACUCAGAUGGAUUCAUCGUACAAGGAAAGACAGGAAGAUGCAGGACUCAUUUUGAAACAAAAGGAAGAUGAACUGAGCUCAGUCAAAGUCAGGUUGACUGAGAUGGAGACAUGGUACACAGGGAGGCUUGGUGAGGCAGAGUAAGUAUUUCAUCUGAUGUCUGUAAAUCUUAUUUUCACUAACAGCUUUAUAACACUAAACGGUUCAAAACAGUUCUUCAUUAGACUCACUGUAAAUCAACAAAUGAAUUACACAUUAAUUGAUGUUUUGUUUUCAUAUUGUGGUGUAACCAAUGGGAAACAAAAGGAUAAUGAGCUGAACUCAGUCAAACAGAGGUAGUAAACAUAAUAUGAUACAGAAAUAUGAACAUUUAUAUUUCUGUCUCACUCACAUGGUUCCUUUGUUUUCUUUUUGUCUUUAAAUAUUUCUGUGAACUUCUGAUUUCACACAGAUUGACUGGAAUGGAAAAAAUGUAAGUAGAUAAGCUCUUUUCACAGGCAUAAAAUCACAAAGCGCUGUACGAUAAACAACAUUAAAUCAUACAACAAUAAAACAAGCAUAAAAAGCACAGUAAAAUCAUGACAGAAAAGCCAGGGAAAAUAAAUGUGUUCUCAGUUUAAAACCUCCACAGAGUCAGCAAACGAAUCCAACCCUAUUUUCAUUAUUCUCAGGUUUCUAUUGUGGUAAUGAAUCCUCCUGUGGUCUUAAGAGAUGGGGUCAUUUAGACCCGCCCUCUGUGCGGUUCUGCAGGGUCGAACUGACCCCAUAUGUGUUUUUCUGAGCUCUUAUUUUUUGUGUAGUUUCCAAAACUAAAAUAUCUCAACAGAAAAGAAGACCCGUCUCCUGGCUGUGAGAUUUGCUGCACCCCUCCUGAGCUUUGGGUAAAAACUGGGGAUAUAAAAUGCACAAAAACAGCAAUGAGGACAUUGAAUUGUUGCCUUUCCUUAAAUGCUGAAACACAAAGGAAGAGGAGCAUUGACUACAAAUUAGUAGGAAUAGUAGAACAUUAUUUAUCAUGACGCUUCUCUGUGUUCAUGGGUUUGUGUUUCAGGAUGACCAGCAGACUCACUGUUUCCAGUUGGACUGAGGACAAAACAAUGACUGUCCAAUCAGCAAACAAAGGAGCUGCUGGGAUUGAGACAUUGUACAGAUUUAAACCUUAUGAUACAAGUGUUGCUGAGAUUGAGAUAUUUUACAAACGGAAAUUGGAUGAAGUGAGUGCUGCUCUAAAACGAAAAGAUAAAGAAUUGAAAUCCUUUAAAGACAGAUUGGCAGCCCAGCUCACUGUUUCAAGAGAAAACACAACAUCCUACAAGAUGGAAGCAUCCCUUAAAGAGCAGCUUCAUAAGGCCACAGUUGCUCAGAAACAAAAAGACAGAGAGCUAAAGUCGAUUAAAGACAGAUUGGCAUCCAUGUCAUAUUUAUUUAAAUCUGGAGACACUGAGAGCAUGAACAACCCGGCCAGUAAAACCAGACUGACUGAGAUGUACGACAACCUGAAACUGCUGCAGUGGCCAAAAGUCAAAGAUCAGCUGAAGUCCACAAACAUCCAAUCAAAGGUUGUUGAAGGUUUGAUUCAGGAAACCUUUAGGACUGCAGCAGGUGAAGCAAACAAAAGGAACCAGCAGAUUGAAGAGGCAUUUGGACUCAGUGAAUAUAGCAGUGGACUGACUGCACAGAAGGUUAAAGAGUACAGACAGCUAACAGUUCAGAACCUGCAGAUGGCGCUGUUCCACACCAACAAAGAAGAACUUCUGAAGCCUGGUUUCCCUGAACUUGGAGGUCCGUACUCAGAGGAAGUGAAGGAGGAUCUGAGACCUCUGAUAUCUGAAUGCUACUGGCUGAGCUGCUUGAUGGCUUUAAACAAUCCUCCUCUUCAGCCGGACUGGACGAACCUCGUUCCUUCGAUGGAUCCUUGGGACAUUUUCCCUCGAAACAUUACAUCUGCUUCUGUUAUGUAGAGGAAAAGUAGUUUUGCAGCACAACAUUAUUGGUGUAGUUUGGGUAUGCUGGUAAUUCCUCUUUUAUCUGAUUUAAUUUCAGUGGUAUUAAAAAAAUCACAAAGCCGUUCCAUGCUUGUUUUCAGUAUGCUUCACCAGUUUAUCUAGAGCUAAUAAUAGGGUCAGACAGGGAGGCUGAACACUGUUGAGUAAAGUUUCAACAGUCUAAAGCCACAUUUCUGCAUGAAAAUACUUUGAAUUUGUCUGAUGUAAUGUUAUAAUCUGGAUUGACAUAAAAAUAAAAUUGUGAAAAUUG